UGGCUGGAGCCGCACGCGGAGCGCAGGGCUGGUGCCUGGGGCACGCGGACUGAGGGGACCGGCUGCUGUCUCAGCUCGAGUGCGGACGAGCGCAUGUGGGCUCUGCGUUCGCUGCUGCGGCCCGUGGCGGGGCGCACCAUGUCUCAGGGGCCCGCCCGCCGCCAGCGGCCGCCCAAGGACCCCCUGCGGCACCUGCGCGCGCGGGAGAAGCGCGGCGCGACCUGGGGGCCGGGGAGCCCGAACACGGUGUACCUGCAGGUGGUGGCGGCCGGCGGCCGGGACGCGGGCGCCGCGCUCUACGUCUUCUCCGAGUACAACCGGUAUCUUUUCAACUGUGGAGAAGGCGUCCAGCGACUCAUGCAAGAACACAAACUGAAGGUUGCUCGCUUGGACAACAUAUUCCUGACACGAAUGCACUGGUGUAAUGUUGGGGGACUGUGUGGAAUGAUUCUUACUUUAAAAGAAACUGGGCUUCCAAAGUGUGUACUUUCUGGACCUCCACAAUUGGAAAAGUACUUAGAAGCAAUUAAAAUAUUUUCUGGUCCAUUGAAAGGAAUAGAUCUAGCCGUACGGCCCCACUCUGCACCAGAAUACAAAGAUGAGACCAUGACAGUUCACCAGGUCCCACUAUACAGUGAGCGGGGACCUGAGAAGCAGCAGCUGUCACAGAGCCCGGAAAGGUCCCCCCACAGGCGCAGCCCAGAGCGGCCUCUGGACUCUGGAUCAGCCACAGAUGAGCUGCACCAUCUCGAUGGCAGUGGUAUAAACAAACCCCGCUGGAAAGAUGUUAGCCAGAAAAGAAAUGGCAGGGACCCUUCCUUGGUUGUUGCUUUUAUAUGUAAGCUCCACUUGAAGAAAGGAAACUUCCUGGUGCUCAAAGCAAAGGAACUGGGCCUCCCAGUGGGGACAGCUGCCAUUGCACCCAUCAUCGCUGCUGUGAAGGAUGGGAAGAGCAUCACGUACGAAGGAAGAGAGAUUUUCGCUGAAGAGCUCUGCACACCCCCGGACCCUGGUCCUGCCUUUAUUGUGGUAGAAUGUCCAGAUGAAGGAUUCAUCCAGCCCAUUUGUGACAAUGCCACCUUUAAGAGGUACCAAGGAGAGACUGAUGCCCCUGUGGCUGUCGUGGUUCACAUGGCCCCAGAAUCUGUGCUGUUGGACAGCAGAUACCAGCAGUGGAUGGAGAGGUUUGGACCUGACACCCAGCACCUGAUCCUGAAUGAGAAUUGUGCCUCAGUCCACAACCUUCGCAGCCACAAGAUUCAAACGCAGCUCAACCUCAUCCACCCAGAUAUCUUUCCCCUGCUCAGCAGUUUCCACAGUAAGGAGGAAAGCCCGGCCCUCAGUGUGCCCAUUGUCCGGGGUGAAUGCCUCCUCAAGUACCAGCUCCGUCCCAGGCGGGAGUGGCAGAGGGAUGCCAUUAUUACUUGCAACCCUGAUGAGUUCAUAGCCGAGGCCCUGGAGCUCCCCAAUUUUCAGGAGAGUGUGCAGGAGUAUAGGAAGAGCGUACAGGAUGACCCAGCCCCCACAGAGAAAAAAAAACAGUAUCCAGAAAUCAUCUUCCUUGGAACAGGAUCUGCCAUCCCUAUGAAGAUUCGGAAUGUCAGUGCCACGCUUGUCAACAUAAGCCCUGACAAGUCUCUGCUCCUGGACUGUGGCGAAGGCACAUUCGGGCAGCUGUGUCGUCAUUAUGGAAGUGACGUGGACAGGGUCUUGGGCUCCCUCACCGCUGUGUUUGUGUCCCAUCUUCACGCGGACCACCAUACGGGCUUGCUGAAUAUCCUGCUGCAGAGAGGGCGUGCUUUGGCAUCUCUGGGAAAGCCGUUCCACCCUUUGCUGGUGGUAGCUCCCAUCCAGCUCAGACCGUGGCUGCAGCAAUACCACAACCAGUGCCAGGAGGUUCUGCACCACAUUAGUUUGAUUCCUGCCAAAUACCUGCAGAAAGGGGUGGAGGUCUCUGAUCCCACCACUGAAAGUCUCAUCAGUUCACUGCUGGAAACCUGUGACUUGAAAGAGUUUCAGACCUGCCUGGUUCGGCACUGCAAGCACGCCUUCGGUUGUGCACUGGUGCACACGUCCGACUGGAAAGUGGUCUAUUCAGGGGACACCAUGCCCUGUGAGGCGCUGGUCCAGAUGGGGAAAGAUGCCACUCUCCUGAUCCAUGAAGCCACUCUGGAGGAUGGCUUGGAGGAGGAAGCAGUAGAGAAGACACACAGCACCACCUCCCAAGCUAUCGGCGUGGGGAUGCGCAUGAACUCGGGCUUCAUCAUGCUGAACCACUUCAGCCAGCGCUACGCCAAGAUCCCCCUCUUCAGCCCCGACUUCAACGACAGGGUUGGAAUCGCCUUUGACCACAUGCAGGUCUGCUUUGGAGACUUUCCAACAGUGCCCAAGCUGAUUGCUCCUCUGAAGGCCCUGUUUGCCGAGGACAUUGAGGAGAUGGUGGAGCGCAAGGAGAAGCGAGAGCUUCGGCUGGUGCGUGCGGCCCUGUCUCAGCACCUGGCUGGCAGCCGAGAGGACAGGGAGCCCCUGCCGAAGCGGGCCCAAGUGGAAGAGCCACAGAGCCCACAGAGCAAGAAGGCCAGAGCCUAGUGAAGGUCUGGACCCACCCUGAGCUCGGCAGUCUGUGUGCCCUGCACCCACACAAGUGUUCCUCAUCCUGGUAGGAGCUACAGGGCAGGAUCCAGCCAGGAGGCAAUUCAUAAUGGUGUGGAGCUGAGCUGUGUCCUAGACUCCGGUCAGCACCAGCCUUCCAGACUUCUCCCAUGACUGGUGCCUGGCACGGCAGGACAGAAGGCUGCUUCAUACAAAAAGGCAGAUAGAACCCUAACUCCAACAAGUCGGAUUCUAAAGUCAUGGAAAUGGGUGGCACCCUUGUCUGUUCCAGCAGUGAUUUCCUCUGCACCUCAGAUGGGCCAGAUUACAGGGGAAUGUUGGGUCCCAGUGUCCCAGACUGAGAUUUCCAGAGAGCCGGCUGCAGGGAAGACGAGUGUGGAACUCCGAGCGCUUUCUCUGCACCUCGGAGCGGCUUCCCAGCAGUCUUCCAGCUGCCAGGUGCCCGGGAGAGCUCUGUGGGCAGUGAGGCUCGUGGGAGCCUGUCCGUAGGAGGCGACCACCUCUUAAUAGCUGAGUCUUAACAGAAGCCCAGCCCAUUGCAAUGGCUUUACACAUCCGGGGAGAGCCAGGCUAGUACAGUGGACCAGGGAACACAAGUCGGUUUGCUCUCUUAUUCUUGAGAAAAUGAGAGAUACUCUUUACCUUUGGAAACACUGAUAGGUAUCACACUGGGCUGGCUUCCUUGCCCUCCUCGCAGGAUUUGAAGAGGUUAGUGCUUGAAAUCCAGGAGCAUUUUCGAAGUUGCAUCUAGUAUUUACAAAUUCUCCCUACCUAGGAGAAUGGAGGAAGAGCUUUGGAAAACCAGGUGACAAGAGAGAAAGGGGCAGGAGCAAGGAAGGAGCUGGCUUUCUUUCCUGGAGACCACAGCCUCCCCCUAACGCAGCAUGGGGACCGUUAACUGUCCCCCAGCUUCGUUAAAACAAGAACAUGUGCCAAGCUUCGGGAUAAUAAAUCUAUUUUAAUAACAUUA